UUUUUAUUUAUUUAUUUUUAUUAUGAACCCAGGGUAAACCCAGCCUUGUGAAGUGUGAUCCUGCUUCUACACAAGUUUACAGCUAAAAGGACCCAAGCACAAAGAAGUCAGGUGGAAUUCCCCUUUGGUGAUACAUUUGUAAAAGAGCAAGAGAACAACCAGCAGUUGAACCGAGCUAUGGACCUAAAACUGGUUAUCAGAGGCCUAAAACUAGAUGUUUCACAAAAAAAGAAUUUCCUGCAUGCUCUGAUGAUGAUUUGGCCAGCACAUGUCCAUCAGGCUGCAGAAUGCAAGGCCUAAUCAACACAGCUGACAGGACAUUUUUUAACAGAGUCAACAAAAUAUGCCAGUUUUUACAGGAAAGUGAAAAUAAUGCAGAACAUGCUAACAACGUGACCAGCGAAGCCUAUGCUGUUAUCAGAAAAAACGUUGUUCAGAACUAUGUAACUGGUAUUAAGUAUGUGGAGAAGGCAGAAGAGUUAUACAAAAACAUUACUGCUCUGAAGCAACAAACUGCCGCGCUGGCAAAGAAGAUGAGCACCCUACGCAGUAUCAUUCAACAAAAAGUCAAUGAGAUACACCAAAUGGAGGUUGACAUUGACAUAAAGAUACGGGCUUGCAAAGGCUCGUGUGCAAAGCUCUUUGUCUACAGUAUCGAAAGGGAGAGCUACUUAAUCCUGGACAAACACCUGUCUCAAUUAGACAGCAUCUCCAAAGGAAGAGUAAAACCUGCAGAGUUGAGAGUUGUCAAAAUGAGACCCAUAAAUGAAGCUACCUUAGUUUCCAAGGAUUACACUUCCUUGCCACGUGAAGGAAAUGUGGCAUUAAAUCAUUUUGAAGAUGUAGAGCAAUAUCAAUUGGCCUUAGAAAAUUAAAUAGCAGAAGUAAAAAAAAAAAAAAAAAAAAAUCAACCUAAAACAUGUUCUUGGGUUCAAACCCUAAUAAGGCAUUUAUAUUGGGGUUCUUCCAUGACUAGAGUCCUGUAAAAAAUUGUUUUAUAAUUUUUCGUUUUAUUUUUCAAACAUUUUGUUUUAAUACAGAUACACAUUAAUAAGACAA